GGCAAGUUGGCGUGAAACCACACCCUGGGCCAAUAGAAGAUGAGUUUCUUACCCAAUCCGUGUCUGCUGGGUAUACUGCUAUCGAUAUCUACACACAAUGGUCCCCAAUUGGUGUUCCACUACCCACCAAAGCCGAAAGACUUUGGCUUCAAGGCCACACCGUUCGCUCUUGAUAACGACUUGUUGGACAGCGACGAGUCCUCCAGCGACGAGGACUCAGACACCUCGUCUGUGACCGACGAGGCUGUUGGUAAGAAUGACAGUAACAUCUUCCAGGACCCGAACUACGUCUCGGGACAGACCCUGUUGGACCUGCUCGACGAGCAGGACAGGAGAAGAGCUGCGAAGGAGGCCAGGAGGUUGAUGAAAGAGAGCAAGAAGAACUCGAUCUCGUCGAACCCAAGGACGAGCUCAGAGAUCAAUUCACUAAGAUCAAGCGAUCACCACCAUCAUCACCACAAUAAGAAGUCUGAGAACAAAGUGUUUGGGUUCGACGUUGAGUUUCUCAGCGAGAUUGUGACACCACCAAGACAGAUGUGUAACUCACGCUUUGAGCUGGCAGUCGACGAUAUGGCUUUCCUUGGCCUACCAAUCCAUAUAAAUGAAGAAGGACAAUGGAGAACGAGUGCACCAAAGACAGGGAAACAUUCCAAACGGUCCAAGGGGUCCAAUAUCAGUCGAGAGGAGGAGGUGGAGAUGUUGGAAGAGGAAGAAGGAGAUGUUGAAGAGGGAGCCUCAACAGAGAAUACAAUGUCAAUGUUCAACAUUGUCUUUGUGAUGAACCCACCUGUCGUUGAAUUCAACCAUAGAAUAGAUGAGAUGUUCCAUUACGUUGUGUCGAGGCUGGCGAUGGUUCUCAGGUACGAACAGGCUAAAUCUGAUUAUGUGUGGUUAGAAUCGCAAAAGAUCUUGAAAGUGAAAGAACAGAAUGAGGACCUGUCUAUAAACGAACUAUACGAUAAGAUUCUAAAGGAGUCUUCACUGGCACAGACCAUUGCACAGUGUUUCAAAUCCAUAUCGACUUCAAAUAUUGCGGAUUUGCAGAUCCAGGAUAAGAUGAUCUCCCUUCAAAUCCCGUUGAAGAAACAGUUCAAGUCAUUACCACCGAAGACUGAGCCUGUGCUGCCUGGCUCAUUCCUGGCUUCAACAGCCAUUGAUGAGACAAGCACUGAGGAGGAAGAGGAGAACAUUGGAUACAUGGCACUGUUAUUGCUAGACGAUGCUGAAAAGAUAGUAUCCGAAUUGAAGAUUGAACAAGGCUCACAAUUGGCACAGUUCAUCAAGAGCAUAAGCCCUACACUGUCGCUAUACUCAUUGUCACAGAGCAAUGGAAUGGAACCGUUACAAGUGGCCUCAUUUGCUAAGCAUUUAAUCUAUUGGAGACGUGCCAGAGCAGUGGUACCUCUGAACCCGAAAUCGGUAUUUAUCGUUUCUCCAAUGGCUCCAUUGCACAACUUGGGAGAGAGGAUCAUAUCCUUUAGACAAGAAUUCCCGUCCCUUCCUUCUCUACCUUCAUUUCUAUCACUGCUUUCGAACGCUAAGCCAAGAUCUUUCAUGGCUAUCAUUCCGAGUAAGGACCAUAAAGGAAUAUAUCUUGAUGCUUUAUCAUGGCUGAUGAGAUACGGGUACGUCACACAGCUGUUGAUCUUUGUAUGGUUAAAGAUACCCAACCGUAUCAAAAUCGCAGUGGAGGAGGAUCUUGAAAGGGAGGGCUUGACGAAGAAGACGAAAGAUUCCAAGUUCAAGUUCGCUGACCUAUCUACUGAUGCUACUGGUAAGGAAAAGACAGGCAAUCGGUCCGGAUCAUCAUCUUCCUCACAGAUCAGAAGCGUGUGGAAUGGACAGGAUAUGGUGAUCGAAGAGGAGGAUGAAGAUGAUACAAUUCUACUGGAACCUGAACGAGCCACUGCCGUGGAAAGAAGAUGGAUUAGCAAAGUGAUCAAGGGACAACCUCCAGAACAAGCUGCUCUUUUCCAUAAGCUGGUAAGGUACUUGAAUGGAAAGACUCCUCUCGAGCUUGUGAUGUUGAAAGAGAACAUUUCAAGACACGACGUUCGAAAACUCCUCCAUGGUAUCAACGACUACAUCAUAUCGGUAAAGCAUUGGUAAAUUAGUGUGUAUAUAAGCGUCAACAAUAUCCAAGAUUUUAAUCUCUAUCGUCAUCCCAUGUUCCCUCCCUUCGUCUUAAAAAAACAGUCUUCGAAUCUAAUCAUAUAGCAGGAACGCAAGUCCUAAUUCAGAUCACAUCAUUUGCAACUGUGUCGGUAUCGACAGAGAGCAUCAUCACACUCUUCAUGGCACUCUCUAGAUCCUCCUGAUCACUUGAGAAAAUGGCCUCUCCACAUCCCUUACCAAAUUCAACUUUCUGCA